AUGAUGUCCACUACUACGAGUGUUAAAACAACUGAAAUAGACCAUGACCAAAUCUUACAUAAUCUUAAUUCUCAACAAAAACGUGCCGUUACUUGUCCAAUCCAUCAAUCGACCCUUGUCCUCAGUGGAGCUGGCAGUGGCAAAACGCGUGUGCUCACAUCUCGCAUAGCUUAUCUAUUAAAGAAUUGUGCCGUUAAGCCAUAUCAAAUAUUUGCUGUGACAUUUACAAAUAAAGCCGCGCUUGAAAUGCGUCAUCGCAUAAGUCAAAUAUUACCUGAAACGCCAUUGAACGACAUGUGGCUGGGUACAUUUCAUGGUCUUGCAAAUCGUUUCCUUCGUAUUCAUUUCAAAAUGGCUGGUCUGAAGAGUGAUUUUCUCAUCAUCGAUCCGGAUGAUCAGUUGUCGAUUAUUAAAAGGAUUCUGAAAGAAGACGUGAAAGAGAAUAAUUUCUACACGGACAAACCAAAAGCCAUUGUCAAUUUUAUUAACAAAUGUAAAGACGAAGGAAAACGUUCCACUGACUUGUUGAUCAAUCCUGAAAAUCAUUUUAAACAGCUUAUAUAUAGCAAAUACGAAAAGUACCUUCAACAAGAAAACCGAGUCGAUUUCGGAGAAUUAAUUCUAUUAACCAAAGAAUUAUUGGACAGAGAAAUCGAUUUACGUGUACACUAUGCAAAGCAGUUUCGUUUUGUUCUCAUCGAUGAAUUUCAAGAUACUUCUACCUUACAGAUGGAUUGGUUGAAAUUACUAAUGGACAAAGAUGGAUCGAAUCAAACGGUGCACAAUUGUUUUAUGGCUGUGGGUGAUGACGAUCAAAGUAUUUAUGCGUUUCGGGGUGCUCAAUGUGUAAACAAUAUCGACGAAUAUCUCAAGGCACUCUAUUUAGAAAGAGAAAACCCGGAACAUAUUAUCAAAUUAGAACAAAAUUACCGCAGCACAAAUGUAGUUUUGGAAGCAGCAAAUGCAGUGAUUGAUCAUAAUCAAUCUCGUCUUGGUAAAAACCUUUGGACGGACGUAAAGAAUGGCGAACAGAUCGGAUUAUAUCAAGGAACAGACGCUACCGAUGAAGCCAAACAUGUUGUUGAAAGGAUUCGUGAUUUUACUCGUGGUCAUCCGGACAUCCCUCUCUCACAAGUCGCCAUUCUAUAUCGGACAAAUGCUCAGUCACGUGAAUUCGAACAAGCACUGAUGAAUGCUGGAAUCAAGUAUCGUAUUUACGGUGGUAUUAAAUUUUAUCAACGGGCGGAAAUCAAAAGUGCAUUAGCCUACUUACGUUUAAUCCAAAAUGAAAACGAUAAUGAUGCCUUCCGCCGGAUUAUCAAUUUGCCUGCACGUUCGAUCGGCAAAGCAACUCUAGAGAAAAUCGAAUCAGGAGCCAAACAAAAUCAAUGUUCGUUGUUUUCAUUUCUUCAGUCCGAUCCCUCAUUGAGCAAACAAAAGAAAAUCGUUGAUUUUGUUCGAUUAAUCAAACAAUGCAAGCAAACACUGGAGGAACAAAAUCCUAAAAUGGAAUUAUACGAACAAGCUUUAUACAUCUUUGAACAAUCGGGUUUGAUGGAAUCAUACAACAAGAAGGAAGAGGUCGAACGUUUACAAAACUUGAGUGAAUUAUGUAAUGCUAUGAAACAAUUCUCACAUUUGUAUCAAACCAACGACCUAACAGAGUAUCUCAGUGUUGUGACAUUAGAUACGACCAACGCUCAAGAUGGCAAACUAGAUACAUCGGAUGAAACUACACGAGUUCAGAUGAUGACUGUACAUGGAGCGAAAGGAUUAGAAUUUCAUUAUGUAUUUAUUGCUGGUCUUGAUUUAGUUCAAGAUCUCUUUCCAUCGAACUUUUUCGGUACUUGCGACAUUGAAGAAGAACGUCGACUGAUGUAUGUUGCUAUCACUCGUGCUAAACGCCUUUUACACAUGUCAUAUUCCCAACUUCGGUCAAAUUAUGGUCAACAAGAACGGUGUAAACGAUCGCAAUUUAUCUCGGAAAUUCCCACUCGACUUGUGCAUGUUUAUAAUGAAAACGAAGAAAUAUAUCAACCACCGAAGAAGAAACUAAGCACUGUUCAACCAAUGAACACAUCUACUCAGACAGGAUUCGUUACUGGCAAGAAUUUAUUGAAUGUUGCUCAAUGGAAUAAAAGAAAAUAG